GAUGUUUCCGGUUUUGUAUUAUGCUUAUUUUUUAAAAAUAUCUCCUACACAGGAUAAAUGAAAUUUCGAUUUAUUUCAACAUUCAUUUUUUAAAUCAUAUUAUGCAAGUCACUUUUUAAUCAAUCACCGACAUUCGAAAUUGUUCUCUUAAGAUCGACGAUGUUCCACCAUAUACUGACGGAUAAAUGAAGCUAGAAUACAAAGGACGCUAUAACGUACCAUUUUAAUGAGAUAAAUCUUCCUCGGUGCUUUCGUUUGAUCUAUUUUGAUGGUACAUUAUAAGGUUUGUUAAUAAUGUAAUCAAAUCGUGGGUUAUAUCCUCCUGGUAGUCAAAAACACUGGCGCACCAAAUUUGAUCUGGAACUGUUAUUUGGAAUAGAUAUGAACAGCUUUACAGAUUUACACAUAUAUAUGGAAGACUAUAGAUUUACCGAUUACAGCUCUAAUUGUUAAUUAUUAUAUGAGCAUUAUGAAUAAAAUAUUUUUCGUGUGUAGGUUAAAGGGAACAUAUUUGCGGUAUUUAAAUUGUAUUUGUAUUGCUAAAUAUACAUUACGUUGACAUACAAAGGUAAUUUUAAACAUUUAAAAUACAGUACUUGUUUUCUAUUGAAUUAAACACGGAUCUAUACACGGAAAAGGAGGAAUAACCAGAACAAAUUCAUCUUCUUGCAUGUAAUUUUGAUUACUUUUUCAAUUAUAUUUUGGUAUGGAAGGAAUGGGUUUAAGCUGAAAUUGUUAAGGUGCGGGAACAUGCGAUUAUUGAACCUAUUUUUUUCAUACUACAGUCUGAUGUUCAUUUAUGCAGAAGGUUGUAUGAGAUGUUCCGACAGUUCAAACCUAGACAAAAUAACCUUCACAGUAAACAACGAAACCAUUCCAGAAAAUCAUAGACUCAAUUGUACAGAUAAUGAGACUCAAUCAUUGGCCUGUUUGAAUGGAGGAUCAUGCUUUGCUAUAUAUGUAGAAGACAGAAUAGUGCAAUGUGCAUGCUUCACGAAAUAUAUUGGUAGUCGAUGUGAAAUGAUAGAUCCAGAAAUUAUAUUUGACCAAACAAGACAGAGAAAAGUCAGAAUUGGCUACAUUUCAGGUUUUGGAGGAUUAGGCUACCUCUUACUUAUUGUUUUUCUAGCAAUUGUUUACAAAAAGUGUACAAAGCAGAGUGGUGAUGUUCAAAACAGCGAUCCAUCAGCAAUACCUUUAACUAACACGAUGAUAAAACGAAGAACGCAGAUAGAGAUUGAAUAGACAUUAUGCUAACAAUAACUGUGUAUAUGUUACGAGUUUUCAUUGCCUUAGCAGUUGGAUGCAGACCCAGCACACCAUGUACACGACAAGAAAAGUUAACGCGGCGUUAACUCAUGUGCACCUCGUGUAAACGCCACGUUUAUUAUGCUUUAACCAAGUUAGCGCGCGUUUACUUUCACUUUAACUUCAGCAUUAACGUAAAACCGCGCUUUUUUGUAAUUUCUGUUAAAGUACUUUUUGUACUAAACGUGCGAUAACGCAGAUUGUGAUAGUAUCCUGAUGGGGACCCUUAUUUACGAAAAGUGUAAGCCAAAGGGUCGAAAUACCGUGAACAAAAAAUCAACAAAACUUCAGAAUACUUAUACGUUUAAUAGAUUCAAUAGAUUCAAUCGAACACUAUUCCAAACAAAGGAUAAAACGUCAAAAAAGAUAUUCUUUUUGAAAGGAUCAAGGCUGAAACAUUGAAACAAAUAGUGGAAGAAAGAAAUAUACGUUCAUGUAAACUCGUGUUAAAUAUGUCUUCGUUACCCAGAUAUUGCUAAGCAUUUGUCCUACAUCACUGACAAAUAUGUAAUUGUAUCACACAAUAAAGUUCUUGCUUGAACAUCACAUUAUAUAAACUACUUUAUAAAUGAUAAAAGUGUUGAUAAUUCACUGAAAAACCCAACAUCCAUACAUUUACGUCACUAACUAAAGAGGAAAUCAUAAGGAAUCAUAGGUUGGUUUAUGUUUGUUUUUAAUUCCAACCAUUGUCAAAGAUAUACAUAUUCCUUCAGUCAAACCUCAAAUUCCAAAUUCAUAAAACUUUUCUUUAAAAUUUGUAUAAAUGAAGACUGGACAUUUUUCCUCUUUACUUCUUGUUGGAGAAUAGGCGCGCGAUGGUUCAGUACAAUUGGAUCAGAUUCUUAUUUUACUUCGGGAAAUUAAACAUAUAUUACAUACAUGUACAAACCUAUGAAAAAUACAAAAAACGAGCAUGCAAACUAUGUCAUUCGCGAACAAAGUUUAUGCACCCUUUUUUCGCGAUAGAACAAAUAUUAUUUAAUUUGUUUUGCCAAAUAACUUUGAUAAAUACCAAUUCAUUUCAUCUUUAUGUUGAAGUGAAGUGAAACCUUGCGUGUAUAAGUGCAGUAAAGUUUUGCGUGCAUUGUAAAUAAAUAAGGCAUGGUUACAUAUGCUUUGUAUUAUUAAUGGUCGAUAUCCCUUGUCAAAGAUAAAAUGUAGCCAAAAUGAAAAGCAACUGUGUUUUUUAGAUUUGAUAAUUGCUCGUUAUUAAACAAAACGUCUAAUAUUUUACUUAAAAUGCCAGCUGGUGUUUUUAGGAGGGUUUUGUAUUUCACAACUUGUAAAUAAAUUUGUUGUCGUGA